AUGGUGGAUUUAACAAUUACAUGUCGAACUUGUAUGAAAAGUUCUGAUAAUCUGGUAGAUUUGUUUGGGCCUUUAAAAAUUGAGGAUAAUUAUAAUAUUCUCCUAGCCGAUAUCCUGAUGAUCACUACAGCAACUCAGGUAUCAAGAGAUGACGGAUUGCCACGAAGUAUCUGCAGUGAGUGUGUUAACAUUCUUGAAAUGUUUGUUAUAUUCCGUAAUAAUGCUCUGAAAUGUGAAGAGCAGUUGAAAAAGUUAGUGUUGUUACAAAGUACUCUAAAAGAAGAAUUGAAGGAUGAUGCUACAUGUGUAGAACCAACUUAUGAAAGUAUUAAAAUUUGUUCAACAAACUCUCAAAGUCCUAAAUUUGAAACUAAAACUGAGGCAAAUUUAUAUGUAUGUGACAAGUGUAAAAAGCAAUAUGUUAGUCACAAAAGGUUUUUAAAUCACUUAGCAACCCAUGAUGAAUCAUCUUUCAGCAGGCAACUUGAUGUUGAGGUGAAAUUAGAACCUGACUUCACUGAUAGCUUAGAUGAUAAUGUUAGUGAAUCAGCAAUCUUAGAUAUUGAAACAGAUAGUAGAGAUGAAUAUAAAUGUAAUGAAUGCAAUCAAAUAUUUUAUAAAGAGAGAUCGCUCAUAUCACAUCGAAGAAAACACAGGAACUGUAAUUUAAAAAAUGAUGGUAAUCCUAGGUUUGAAUGUGAUUAUUGUGGCAAAGAUUUUUCUAUGAAACCACUUUUAAAAAGACAUUUGAAAUUACAUUCAAUCGAUCGACCGUACAUAUGUUCAAAAUGCCCAAAAAGAUAUACAAGACAAGACCAAUUACUGGAGCAUAUGAAGAGACAUAAUAAAGUUAAAACCCACAUUUGCACAUAUUGCAAUAAAGGAUUUUUCCAGUUGUGUAGUUUGAAAGACCAUCUCCGUGUACAUACCAAAGAAGCUCCGUACUUAUGCUCCGAGUGUGGAAAAAGUUUUUCAAGUAAUUCCAAUCUACGUCAACAUAUGAAUAGGCACACGGGUAUUAAGCCCUUUGCUUGCACAUUUUGUCCAAAAACUUUCACUACUAAAGGUCAAAUGAUGGGUCACUUAACAACUCACACCGGUGCCCAUCCUCACAAAUGCGACGAGUGUGGCGCUAGCUUUACAAAGCUCAAUUCAUUGAAGAAACAUAAAUUUAUACAUCUUGAUAUUAAAGCAUUUGCCUGUGAUACCUGUAAUAAGAGGUUCUCUUGUAAUGACCACUUAAAAAGACAUAAGCGUAUUCACACUGGAGAGAAACCAUACCGCUGCAAGUAUUGUGACCGCGCCUUCACGCAGAGCAACGAUGUGGCGAAACAUAUGCGUAUGCACGUCGGACAAAACAUUUAUCAAUGCACGGAGUGCAGCAUGAAAUUCAGACUGAUGAGGGAUUUAAAGAAACAUUACCCAAUUCAUUACAUCAAGGGCGAGGAAACCCCAACCGUACCAAUUGGGAAAGGAAUGGUGGCUCCCGUUGUAGUACUAAAAUCAGCCGAGGAGCCCACCACCGCAAUACCUGAAGAGCCUAUAAGUCACACAGACAGACAAAUAACAAUCACUGUUAAUAGUAAUGGAUAUAGAGAUGGUGUGGCCGGUGAUAUCAUUAUAAAUGUGGUGCCACAGAAUAGCUAA